UACGUAAAACAUUCUUCCAGCUUCCGUGUUUUAUUGCUUUUCGAUUCUUUCGAAUAUAACGAUAGAUUGUUGUUGAGAGAAAUUGUUGUUUCAUGCUCGUGUGGUACCAUACUGGUGAACCAGAACGCGCAAAUAAGGUAUAUCUGUGACUCGAACACGAUCGGUGACAUGGUUCAAGGAUAUCGUGUUUUUUUUUUAAUUUGUUUGUUUGUUUGCUUGCUCAAACGCAUUAAUUUAUUCCGCUCUACAGAACGAAAAUACCAUUCUAGGAAACAGAACGGUAUUUUGCGCCAACGGUAUAGUUUAUCUUUGCGGUAUCAAUUUACAGUUUACCGGCAACGUUAUAUCUUCCCGAUACAAAACAAAAAACAAACCUCACAUAAUUCAGUCGAAGGACGUCGCUUAAUGUCGCUUUAUUUCAUCUCAAACCAACCGCACUUGCAUCCGUUAUCAUCUGUGAAUGCAAAAUCAUUAAAACCACCUACGACCACUACAAAUACUAUUACUCAUCCCAGAAACCACAUCCAACCGUUCGCAGUGAUAAGCGUAAAAUAAUGGUUAGUAUGGUGAUGCGAAAUGGUUGUGCUGUGGCUGCUGCUGUUUGUCAUGGCAGCUUAUCAGCGCAAAAACCACCUCACGGGAACAAAGCACAACCAUCGUACGGUGCGUCAUAGAAAACCAUAGAAAACCAUCUUUAAAUACACACACACACACACACGUACACAUCCACACAAACCCAGUCCCACUUGGUUGGACGACGGGGCGUACGAUACGAUGACUAGAUGGUUUUCAUGGUUGAGCAAACAAAGAAACCACAUGUUGUCGAUGGUUGGACGGCAGCAAAUGGUUGCUAUGAUUUCCCUUUUCCCACACGCACCCGAACCAUUUGACGGAGGAGAUUGUUUAUGUACGGCAUAGAUGGUAAGGGUGGUUGGCACAGGAAAGGAAGAAAUGGUUUUUAGUGCGCAAUAACGAAUAGAUAUACCAGCACAUACAUGCGAACGGGCGCGCGCGCGCGCGCAAUCGGCUACCUCUGGUUUUUACAUGGUUUAACAGCGUGCACAGAAAAAUGGUUUUACACACCACUAUUACUGCACCGUGUUUGAUGUUUCCCUCACUCUGCCUUCGUUUGCGGCGCGACGUUGAAGGCCACCCAAACACGUUUUGCGAUCGUUCGCAAGCAGGGCUCUGCAUGACGAUCCUGCAUCAGUGAUAUUUUGUCUACUUAUCUGUAAACACAGUGAAAAUAGGAUAUACAGAAAUACAGAUAUUCGUGGUAAGAAUUCGCAGGCAGAUAAGACGUGAAGCAUACCGGAUGAAGUCAUCUGUACCCAUCGGUCCGCAUACCAAGUUGAGCGAACGCACAGAUGUAAAGUGGGUGACAAAAGAAUCAUACCGUUUGUACAUUCGGCAGGAUUAAAUAGGGCAGGUUAUUACGCGUUCCCGAGCGCCUAUCGUCAAGUAUCGCUGUGCUAUGCUGUUACGAUGGAUAAGAACCCGAACGGUAAAGGGCGUUUUGUGUGCGUGCGUACGGCAAGACAGACAUACUCGUUCCCCCGCAUCAUCCCACGACUGUGUGGUGUACACGUUUGUGUAUCCGGACCCCCGUACUUGGGGGGAUGUUCGUUUACAGAAAUCGAUAAGAGGGACAACCAAAUCAGCUGGUGGUGUCAUUAGUGAAGAACAAGCCAAUCCAACAAGACCGUGUGUUUGGGUGAAUGUGUAUAACGUGUGAACGAGAGACACACAAAAAAAACUACCACCCGCCAGUAAGCUGCUAAUUGCAAUUUCGGCAUUCAUUCGAAUUGAUUUUGGAGCGAAAAAUAUGUGCCACGAUACGACCGUGCUGCGGUCAUAAACAGUGCAAAUAUUUGUUGCCCAAACAGCUUUGAAAUUAACAGUGACAGCGUCUAAAUCAUCCGCCUGUUUCUAUUGGUACAAUUGUGAACCACACUGAAUGGACAGCGGGAAAUAAAUACCUUAAAGAUCAGCGGGAGAGCAACAGCAAUCCUUCAAACGGUUGCCCCCACCCCAAAAACCUGUGUGUACCAGUUAGUUGAACGGACAAUUCAAAGUGCUACACACCCGGCUUAAAGGAUGAUGAACAUAACCAACAGCUUUCUGGACGAUACGCUCGUCUAUCUGUAUCGGGAGAUGAAUCAAUACGUGCCAGAGUUUAUCGGUUCAUUCGGAUACAUACCAUGGGUAUAUUCGUUGCUUGGAUCCGCCCUAAUUGGGCUGUCCGGUAUACUGCCCAUGUUUAUCAUACCGGAUGCGACGAAAAAUGGAAAGGAAUCGGAACUAAGUGAUCCGGCCGAAUCGAAGACACUGAAGAUACUGCUUAGCUUCGCCGUCGGUGGUUUGCUGGGCGAUGUGUUUCUACACCUGCUGCCGGAAACAUGGGAACACGAGCUAGCGGCCAGUUCGCAGACCGACGGUCACCCAUCACUCCGCAGCGGGCUGUGGGUGCUAUCCGGUUUGCUACUGUUCACCAUGGUGGAAAAAAUAUUUUCCGGCUACGCGAACGUCGAUGAGCAAAACCCGCAGCCCAAGUGUGUCGAAAUAGCGACCUGUCUGUUGCGCCGCAGCGGUGGCAAACUGCCGGAAGGUUUCGUCGGUCUUUGCGGUGGCGAUGGCAAGGGUUCGUGUGAUAUCGAGGAUGUACCGAAUGGGUGCUUCCUGGCUGGUAACAGCACCGGCGAAAAGGCAGCACGCGAUGAGGCAGGCCACAGAAAGGUGGCAGGAUAUUUGAAUCUGCUCGCUAACUCGAUCGAUAACUUUACGCACGGAUUGGCAGUGGCCGGUUCGUUUCUGGUUUCGCUACAGCACGGUCUGCUGGCAACGUUUGCUAUUUUGUUGCAUGAAAUUCCUCACGAAGUGGGCGAUUUUGCGAUCCUGCUGCGGUCCGGGUUUAGCCGUUGGGAUGCUGCCAAGGCUCAGUUACUUACGGCCGGUGCCGGUUUGCUGGGAGCGCUGGUCGCAAUCGGUGGAAGCGGUGCAACCACAGCACUGGAGGCAAAAACCUCAUGGAUCGCACCAUUCACUGCCGGUGGCUUUCUACACAUUGCGCUCGUAACGGUGCUACCAGAUCUGCUGGACGAAUCCAGUCCCUGGGAAUCGUUCAAACAGUUUGCCGCUCUGCUGCUCGGUAUCGGACUGAUGGCUUUUAUGACCGUCUACUUGGAACAUUAGUGUGUGCAACACGACAACGCAAAGAAACGGCUGGUUUCCGGCAAAACAUAAGUUGCAUAUAGUCACCUGUUUCAUACCAUAUAUACACGGUAGGCGGUACGUUUAUAGUGUGUAGAUAUUGUUAAUUUGUCUUGUAAAAAAAAAACAAAAAGCACGACUUACAACCGACCCCAAAACACACGCAACACUAUAUGGUUAGUAAAACUGGCACGAUGCGGUUGUCUGGUGUCGAAUUUGUGUCGCCCUUACAGUGACCAUACUGAUCCACUGGGGUACACAACACGAUUGUAAAUACGACUGAUGCGUCAUCCAUCGAAACACGAACAGAGUUUGGCUGUAAGGUUUUUCACAAUUAAUUUUAGUAGCUAUAUAGAGUACGAUAAGUGUGUAAGUGAAUGAAAAAAACAGCACACACAGUUAGUAACUGUAAGAUAAAAAUGAGACCAGAGAAAGGGUUUGGAUUGAUUAUCGCGCCUUACAAGCGUUUAGUGAAGUCAAUUCCAGAGACAACGGUGUGUGAUAGAAUCACAGAUGAAAUUAGACGAUGCCAUAUAUAAGGAUUGAUGCCUUCGAUUUUCGGAGGAAACACAUUUUCCGGCUAAACCAGAGUUACUAUAUUGAACAAAACAAUCAAACACAAAUUUCUCCUCCCCAUUAAAAAAAAAACAAAAGUAAGACAACCAUUAUGGUCGAUACUAUUAUGCUGUUAAAACUAUUACUAUUACUACUACUAGUCGUAUUAUUUUUCGAGCUUCCCAACCGCUGGGUAAUGUGAGCAGCAGCAAGUAUGUAGAAUUGGUUCACGAUUGUCUAAUUAGGGCGAUAGACGGAGUGGUUGUGAUAGAAGCUUUCGUGCACACCUUCUACACUUGGUGCGAAGGGCUGUUACAUGUUGGUGUGCAUACGAAUUGGCAAAAUAAAUGCAUCCCAGUAUGAAAAGGAAA